AUGGUGGAUGUCCCCUUACUUACUCAUGUAUCUGAAACUACAGAAUGUAGUUCUUCUUCUUGCCCAGCCUCGUCUGCAUCAGAGGAUUCUGUUCCCGAAGGUUAUUUGAUUUUGACAUUUGACAAAAAAAAGAAGGCUGUGUUGAAGACUGCAGUAUUUGCUGACGUUUCUGAUCCUCGCUUUGCGGAUGACUAUGAUGAUGAUGACGAUGAAAACGAUGAUGAAGGCAGAUAUAACAGCAACGAUUGGCCUACUCCUGAAUCCAAGUCGACCGUUUGUCAUUUAAAAACUGAUGGAGAAAACGUGAACGAAGUUCUAGAUGACAACAAACGAUCUUUUCCCAAACCUCUUGUAAUAUCUACAGAAGCGGUUGCUAAAAGUUGCAAUUCAUCUUAUACUUCCUGCUACGGUGAAGUAUUUUGGGUUGGUGAAGAUGAAUCUGAUACUAAAAAAUUGGAUAAUAUUAGUUCAUCUUGGGAUCCUACACGUAAUAACAUCAAGACUUUUCAUAGUUUAAUACGUACCAGUCCUCUGUCAUGCGAUACUUCGUUAUUGACUCCGAAUUCAGCUUUGAAGUCCUCUGCUGAAAGUUGGUCUUUAAGCACACCUCAAUUAAACAUGAGUUGUUUGACCGGGAGUUUUCCUUCACGUAAAGUCAUACUACCCAAUAAUCACCUUCCUAGAAAGUAUACUCAUCAUAGUUUAUCUACUUACUUCCAGCCUAAAUGGUCUCGGUCAUUUAAUGGCCAUUUUAGUGAUCAUUCCAAAAAGAUGCUUAGAUGUGAUCAGUGUGGUAAAUAUUAUCGUAAUGACUAUAGUUUGCAUCAUCACAUUUGUUUAAAGCGUAAAGAUGUGUGGAAGAAAGGUGAUGUACCUUCAGAAAUGAUUGAUGGUCAAGUUAUGUAUUUUUGUCCUAGUUGUCGUAAGCCUUUCAAAUGGCUCGGUAAUUUGACGCGUCAUUUCUAUGUUCAUACAGGUCAACGUUUUUUUCGAUGUGAUAUUUGUUCUAAAGAAUUUUUCUCUGCUUACCAAGUGAAAAGACAUAUGAACUCUCAUACUGGUGUUCGUUAUAAGUGUGAAGUAUGUGAUAAACCUUUUACGUGUAAAUAUGCCUGUGCAUGGCAUACUCGACAGCAUUAUGCCUAUUCAUCAAAAUGA